UCGAUUUGGCAAUCAGCUGUUUUCUUUUGACCAAAACAAAUCGAUCGUUGAUUCGCUUUUGUGGGUCUUUUCCUCAGACGGGUUGCAAAACAGUGGGCGUGGGCCACCAACUUCAUCAUGGCUAUGUUGACGCGUCGUACUUCACCCGGUUCACCAAAGGCUUUUCAGCGUUUCCAAAACUGCAUUGCCUUUCUAUGGCCGUCGCUUAAUUCCGGGACAACUCAAACAAAUUCAGUGCAGCGUAAAUCGACACAAAUGGAUGCAAUCGAUUGCUUAACAAACGAAUUGGUAAGCCGCAACUCAAAAAAAUGGGAUGAGCUGAGAGAUUCGCUUACUAUGAAGAGUAAUACACCGGAUCUUAAUGCAAGCAGUUAUAGCGAAAAGAAUGAAUUAGAGUCAAUCAGUUUCGGUCAGAAUGUGAAUAUUUUGUCCAAAGGUGUUGUGACUGAUUUGCAGGCUAUUCGUUCGCCACAAUUGGGACUAGAUAUACGAUCGUUGUCUCAAGCACAAUUAGACAAUUUGUUGCUAUCUACUGUAGAAAUAAAAAAUAAACCCGAUUUUCUGUACCUAAUCAGGCAGUGCGUUCGUCAUCAGCAGUUGCCAUCCAAUGAAGUGCUGGUGUCUUGCCUUAAAUACCUCAUGCAAUUAUGUCGCUUGCAACAGAUAGAGUCAUUGGCAGAUCUGUGUAAAUUACGUGCUCAUCCACUUAUAAAAGUAUAUGCCAAUUUUGCGCCUUUCAAAGCCAUGGCGCUCUGGCGCAGUGGCAGUGCGGAUGUAGCUUUGAUGACUUUGCACCGCGGCUAUAGUGAUUGUAUUGAAACGGAUGAGGGCCGAAGAAUGGCGCGGAAUGUGUUUCGAACCAUCGUCGAGGAAACUUUGGCACAGAAAAGCGAGGCUGUUUUAGUUUCGCUAAUGCAAGUGGCACGCUCAAUUUACAUUGAGCAGAAGGAUAUUUUCGUUAUAGCCUGCGUGUGGAAGCAAUGCUUUGCAAGUGAAUGGUUUUGUGAUCAAAAAUCGGCUACCGACCUCUAUGAACAUUACACAGAGUUGCAACAGCUUGUGGCAAAGAGGUAGGCAUAUUUA